AUGCUUGUUCAACAUUAUUUUCAACCAUUUCUCAGUCUGUCAGAGGUCACACUCGUCAAUGAGUCUCAAGGAAGAAACAUGGUGAACUUCUUCAUCCUGCCCUUCCUCAGAAGAAACACAACAGAUGCGGGCUGUGUGUCGACUGCUAACAACAGUGUUGAGUGGCUGCAGAAGAACUUUGGCCCGUUCUCUCAGUAUGUGUCUCUCACAGAUCUGCUCUCCAUCAACGGACUCUUUGAUCCCUUGGAGACCCUGGACAAUCUCACUCCAAAGCAGGUGGCUGGACUGAUGGUUGACGAUCUACCUGGUCUUCCAGAGAAGGAAGUCGUCAUCAAUACAGUGUUUGAUCAUCUGCUUGUGUCUCCUGUGGAGCGAGGACUUCCUGAUGUUCUUCAAAACCUGCUCUCAAUCUCACGGAUGGUAAAAUUUACACAUUUGUUCUCAAUUAGCACUAAUCAAUGUUUUCUGAUGGAUUUAACAGCUACCAGAGUUUGUUCAGGAGUCAACAGUAACGAGACUCUCCUGUCCGCUGGACUCGUGAGCGCCCCCUGUAGUGUGGACCUGCAGCAGUACGCUUGCUCUUCGCUGACAGGCUUCACUGCUGGAAACCUGGCUGGACUCCUGAAGUGUCAACUAUCCAGCAGCAGCAGUUACUCCAAGGAGAUCUGGAAACUGCUUUUCACCAAAGCAAAUGAUGUUCUGGACGAAGCCCUCGUCAUCUUCUCCAGCGCAGCAGCAAAUAUGUCUCAGCCAAUCAGAGGUGAUGUCGUGUCCCAAGUGCUGGAUGUGAUUGGAGAGCUGAGACAAGAGCGCAUCAGUCCUGACCAAUGGAGAGACCUCCCUUUCAUCAGCAUGUUGUUGGGUCAAUAUCUGAAGCCGUUUUUACCGUUUGCGUCAUCAUCCCUACUGCAGUGCACUAGCAGCAAAAACCUCAGCUGCCAAACUUACCAGCACAUUCUGUCAGAGGUCACACUCGUCAAUGAGUCUCAAGGAAGAAACAUGGUGAACUUCUUCAUCCUGCCCUUCCUCAGAAGAAACACAACAGAUGCGGGCUGUGUGUCGACUGCUAACAACAGUGUUGAGUGGCUGCAGAAGAACUUUGGCCCGUUCUCUCAGUAUGUGUCUCUCACAGAUCUGCUCUCCAUCAACGGACUCUUUGAUCCCUUGGAGACCCUGGACAAUCUCACUCCAGAGCAGAUGGUUGGACUGAUUGUUAAUACUCAACCUGGUGUGCCACAGAAUGUCAUCAUCAAUACAGUGUUUGAUCAUCUGCUCGUGUCUCCUGUGGAGCGAGGACUUCCUGAUGUUCUUGAGCUCUUGUAUAUUUUCUCCAUAACGAGUCCACUCAGCUGUCAAACCAACCAGAUAAUCUUCACGAGGCUGGAGCAGAUCUUGAGCUCAGGAGCGGGUGAUCUGGAGCCCGUCAUCUGGGCGAGCGUUUAUAAGUUCAGCCGCACGGCUCCUGCAGACUGCGCUCUUCUCCCAGUCGUGAAUGAGUGUGCCGUGACUCCAUUCAACGAGAUUCGGGUGUGCAGUGGAGUGGACAGUUCUGCAGCACAGCAGUGCUUGAACGAAGGACGGGUUUGUGGCUUCAGUAUUGCAGCACAUGCAUGCGCCCCGGUGCUGAAUGUGAGCGUGGAGUAUCUGGUCACACUACUGAACUCUCACCUGUCUGAUGAUGACAUGAGCUCAGCUGAGAGCUGGAAACUCUUCCUGACCAGAGUCUCACACCUGCUGGACAUCGCCCUCGAGCAGCUCUCCAACCAGGUACAGGACAGACUCAUUUCUUCGGUGUGGUGGAGCAGCGGCUCUGCUUCAGUGGUGCUGGAUGUCCUGCAGGAGCUGCGGCUGGACAGAUUCUCAGAUGAGAGCGCCUCUGCGCUGUGGCUUGAUGAACACCUGCGAGCGUUCCUGCCGAGCGCGUCCGGGAUGUUCCUGCAGUGCCUGCGCAGCCAGAACCUCAGCUGCCAGAGCUUCCAGACAGUGGUUGGAGCAUUCGAUGCAGGAUUUUUCCGUAUGAAUGACGUUCAGCGCCGAACAGCCGUGUCACACUUCAUCGUGCCGUUCCUCUCGAGAGCAGGUGCGGCGUGUGUGUCCAACGACAGCUCUCAGUGGCUCAUCAGUAACUUCGGCCAGUUCUCUGCUCUCCUUCCUCUGAAUCAGCUGAUCUCGCUCAACCCACAGUUCAACCCGAUGAGCGGCCUGCUCUAUCUCUCUCCAGAGCAGCUGGUUGGGCUGAUGUUUGAUGACGUUCCUGGUCUUCCAGAGAAAAGUGUGGUCAUCAAUGCCGUGUUCGAUCACCUGACCGCGUCUCCACAGAAAGAGAGGAUCCUCUCCACGCUUCCUAUCAUGGUGGAGUCAUCAAAGAUGAGGAACGUCUCCUGCACGUCAUAUCAGAUCAUCUUCCACCGUCUGGAUCAUCUGAUGGUCAGCGUGCUGGUGGAUCUAGAGUCAGUGAUUCUGAGGAGUAAAUCAGCUCUUCUUCAGAACGUGCCGCAGGGUUGUGUGAGCUCCAGCGGACAGUGUGGCGUCACACCAGUGAACGAAACAACAGUUUGCAGGAGCAGCAACAGCUCUGGUCUGUCGGCUUAUCUCGGCUCGUCUCAUGAUGGCAGUCGGCUCUGUGACUUCAGCAUCACACAGUACGCUUGUGCAGAGUUGACAGAUCUGAGCUCGCAGCACCUGGCGACGGUGUUGUCAUGCGGUCUCAACGGGAAUGAGAGCGUGUCCGAGGAGGCGUGGAAACUCUUCACGCAGAAGGUCAACCCUGUGCUGGGACCAGCGCUCGACCUGCUCGCCCACACGAGGUUGAAUAAGUCCCGCCCCACUGUGUCAUUCUUGAAUGUGAUUGGAGAAGUCACUCUGAGCUCCUUCAGCUCCACCAAUCUGAGAGAUGAUUCGUUCAUUCAGCGCUGGUUUGACUCCAGGCUCCGCCCAUUUUUACCCUACGCCUCCGAGACAUUCCUGUCCUGUCUGUCCACCAGAGACUUCAGCUGUGACACCUACAGGAGUGUUGUCGAGAGCUUCAGUCAGAGUUUUGACAUCAUGUCCACCGAUACACAAGCUAAUGUCUACGUUGACUUCAUCAAAGUCUUCCUCUCUCAGAACAGCACUGCAGGGUGUGUGAACGUCUCUCAGAGCAGCUCUGAUUGGCUGAUCAGCAGCUUUGGACGUUUCUCUGUUUUCACCACAGUCACCGACCUGCAGACGUUCAACCCCAGCUUCAGUGUGUUGGACACUCUGAGUCUGUUGAGCCUGAGGCAGUUAGUGGAGGUUUCCAGCACUCCUGGAUUCCUGUCCAGUGCUGCUGCGGUUAAUAAUCUGCUGCUCUACGUGCCGGACGCUCAGUUCACAGCGUUCUUCUUAUCCCUCUCCGCUACGCUACAGAUGCAGGGCGUUGUUCUCCCAUCCCCCGUGCAGGAGGUGUUUCUGCAGCAGGUGUUUAACAGGGCCAAUCUGACCACGUCAUCAGACGCUGAUCUGCAAACCUGGAUCCUGAACAUACUGCCGUCCUUCAUAGCCAACAUCACCGUCCAACAUGUGACGUCCUACUUCAGCGUCGUCCUGCAGCGACCCUGUCCCAUCAGCCAGCAGGCGUAAUCUUCCAGGGUGCAGCUGUUGAACUUGUCCAGCUCCACCUUCCAGCCGGCGACACAAGAUCAGAUCUACCAGCUGAUCCUCGGCUCUCUCACAGGCCCCGCCCCGCUGCGCUGCUAUGCUAACCAGAGCUACUACGCUUUCCUGACGUCCUCCUUCAUGAGCUUCCAGUUCCCCAAUCUGACCACCUUCCUGUCGCUGAUGCCGCCGGCUCGCGUGCCAGAGCUGAUGGAGUCGGUGUCUCCAGCGGAGGUCAGCAGUCUCCUGAACUGGCCCAACGCUGUGGACGAUGUUGCCCAAAUCUGCCAGCUUUUCAGAAUCUACCCAAAGACGCCCCAGUACUUACAGACGGAGCCGCUGUUGCCCGUGGGUUUGGCCUGGCAGGUGUUGUCCUGCAUCUGGCCUCAGGUUCUGAAGGUGGACGUCCAGUCUGAAGUGAAUCAGUGGUUUGAUCAUCGACUGGUUCAGUACCUGCCUCUCCUCACCUCACAGUUCAUCGCUCCAGACGUCAUGCUAAACGCCUCCUGUCUCUCCUUCAAGAAGUUUGUUUCAGCGAUGGCUAAAUACAACUACAGUGCAGCCGAGUUUUCUCCGAGCGACAUCUACGGUUCCAUCCUGGUCUACCUCAACACCUCUUCAGGUUCAACUCCUAAAUGCUAUAACACCUCCAACCCGGAUCUCAACUCCACCACCUGGUUCGCAGACUACAUCUCCGUCUUCUUGAGCUUCAUCACACUGGACGACCUCCUCCAGUUUGGCUCAAUUCAGCCGUUCCUCGUGAACCUGGAUAACCUGCAGCUCUUCGCUCAGACCAGUGUUCCUGAUGACGUGAUGGAGCACUACGUGACUCUGCUAUUCGAGAUGAAUCCGUCCUUCAGCGCCUACUAUCUUCCUCUGAAGUUCCGCUGCUUGGCUCCUGCGAGCUCCUUCCUUCAGCUGAGUCCGGAGCAGCUGAAGAUCAUCUCAUCCAGCAUCCAUCAGAACUGCACAGAUGUUCUACCUGAAGUGUCGGCGGCUCUGGCGAGUAACGCGGAGGUUCUGACGGUGGACACCAUCAAGGCUCUGGGUCAGUCGUCCACGGGUUUGAGCACAGCUCAGAUCAGCGGUGCCGGAGGGAACGUGCUGCUCAACACGCUUUCUGUGCUCAGACUCGUACUGGGCUGGAACCUCGAUCAGGCCAUGAUGAUCAUCCAAACCCUGCUGUCAUCUGGAGUUUACCAGAUUAAUAGUGUGGCCAGUCUGCUGGAUUUGGGUUCGCUGAUCAUCGGUGUUCAAUCAUCAAUCUUCAGAGUAAUCUCAGGAGAAAUCUUCCUUGAGGCAGUGAAAUCUGAACUGUUCGUGACCAGUGUCAUCGGCGCACCUGUGAUUGUCCAGCAGACCAUUGUCAGCCAGAUCAUUGCUGUCAACAGCUCAUCUGAUGCCAUCAUCACAAACGUUCCUGACCUCAUGGCGACAGAAAUCCCGCGCAUCUUCCUGCUGGAUGUGCCGCAGUCAUCCGCGGCUGCGCAGGCGGUCAACCGGAAGAAAUGGAAACACGAGCAGGCUGUUCUGAUCUUUGAAACCGUCACUGCACAGUUCAGCAAUCCAGAUGACAUGUCCUUCCAGGUGCUGCAGGGCUUCACCUGUUCACGAAUCCAGAGCUUCAGCACUAGUAAAGUCCUGAGUCUGAUCCGCGGCUGCAGACGACGAGUCAAUCAGACGCUCGUCCUGCAGGAGUCACAGCUGACCUGCAUGCAUCACUACAUCAAGAGCGCCGAUCUCUCUGCCUUCUCCCAGUAUCCCGCUGAAGUCCUCAUCUAUUACAACUACUCGAUGAUCGACAGAUCUCUGUGCCGCUCGUAUUUCUUGUCUCUGGGAGCGGCCGACUUCUCUGUUCUGUCCAGCACACUGUCCUUCAAGAAGCAGACGCUCUUCAACCACGCCAGGGGCUGUCUUGGAAUCUCAGGCGUCAGCAUCAGUCGGGAUCAGCUGGAUGUUUUGGGCAGCAUGAGCUGUUUUCUGAGCGGCGAGUACAUCCAGAGCUCGGACCCGUAUGUGCUGGAGAAGCUCAAGCCGUGUGUGGAUCUAUCAGCUGAGCAGAUCUCUGCGCUGGAGAGCGUCCUGCUGGGAGGAAACACCAGCUACGGACCCUCAGACAGCUGGAACAGAGCCACGCUGGAGAGCCUGGACCUCCUGCCGCUGUACCUCACCGCCAUCUUCAGAAAUCAUAAUAAUAUCAUUAAAACAGCAUGUACUGUGGGACAGAUCCUGCAGGCUCAGGUGUACAGCGACAUGUUUCCGUUUGCGUAUGACGUGCCACAGUUUAAUGCCUGCCUGAGCGUCCAAACGCUGAAGGACAACCUGGAGGCCGUGACCGAUAGAGUUUACGACAGGAGCUACCAGCGGAUCAUUCUGGACAAACUCAACCAGGCGUAUCCAGCCGGACUGUCUGACGAGGUGCUGCAGGUUUUAGGCUCCGCCUCCCACGUGGCCACACCCGAUGAUGUCAGAAAGUGGAACGUGACGAAGAUCGACACGCUCUCGUCUCUGAUGAACCAACGCAAGGGAGACUGGGUCCCGGAGAUGGUCCAGCUGCUGGUCAGUAAGUAUCUGAGUGUGAAUGGAAACACUCUCGGCAGCAACGAGCUGAACGCUCUGGGAGGAACGAACCUGUGUGCGCUGAACACCAGUGUGCUGAACAACAUCACAGCCGCCAGCGUGGAUGUGAAUAUGGACGUGCUCACAUUCAUGAGUCUGAAGCAGAGCGUCAUCAACGUGCUGAUCGUGUCUGAGGUGAAGAGUCUGCUGGGUGUGAAUGUGGCCGAUCUGAAGACGUAUGAAAGCGCAGCACAGAUACAGGAGUGGAUCAGGCUUCAGCUGCAGGUGGAUCUGGACACGCUGCAGAUCGGUCUGACGGGGGGCAGGAACUCCAGCGUCACAGAAACCACCGUCAGCACCACCACUACAGCUAGCAGCAGCACUAAAGCACCGUCAGCCCAGACCGGCACCGCCGCCACCACAGGUACCAGAGACACACUGUGCUUCUGA